GCGGCGGCGCGGACACACUCUCGGUGGAGGCGGGAGCGGCGGAGCCGGAGCGGGUCCAGCAGGGCUGCAGACAAACUGUAUGUCUGACCUUCACACUGAGGACAAAAUCAGCAGUGCAGUGAGCGAGACCUGGCAGCUGGCAUAGAGCAGUGCCCAUGGGUUCCCAGCUGGUCCCUCAGCCCCACUUGUUGGGCUCAGGGAGGCCAGAGGCCUAAACCCACAGAAGAGGCAUCAGUGGGCAGAUGCUCUCCAGGCCACAGGGUCUUCUGACUGGCCUGCCGGUGGGUGUGCCAAGGGUAGAGGAUGCCAGCCACAGGGCACUACUUCCUCAACGAGGGUGAGGGCCCUGGCCAGGAUGCACUCUACGAGAAGUACCGCCUCACCAGCCAGCAUGGGCCACUGCUACUCAUGCUGCUCCUGCUUGUGGCCACCGCCUGCAUUGCCCUUGUCACCAUAAUCUUCUCUGAGCAGGACUUCUACAGACAGUGGGCUGUCUUGGGGAUGGCUUUCGUGACCUUGGCUGUGUGUGUGGGCCUCUCUGUGCUGGUAUAUGUCGAGUGCCUGGUCCAGCAGUGGCUCAGGGCCUCUGCGCUGCUUCUCUGGAUCUGCCUCCUGGCUCUGGGCUAUGCGAUGGUGUUCACCUUUCAGAAGAAGGAUACAUGUGCCUGGGAGCAGGUGCCCUUCUUCCUGUUUGUGGUCUUUGUUGUGUACACACUGCUGCCCUUCAGCAUUCGGGGAGCCGUGGCUGCUGGGGUCAUUUCCGGCGCCUCCCACCUCCUGGUAAUCGCUGUGCUUCAGGGCACCUUCACCAAUGACCUGUGGUUGCAGCUGCUGGCCAACGCCAUUAUCUUCCUGGGCGGGAACCUGACGGGAGCCUUCCACAAGUACCAGCUGCAGGAUGCCUCCCGAGACCUCUUCACCUACACGGUCAAGUGCAUCCAGAUCCGCAGGAAGCUGCGAAUUGAGAAGCGCCAGCAGGAGAAUCUGCUGCUGUCAGUGCUGCCUGCGCACAUCUCCAUGGGCAUGAAACUGACCAUCAUUGAGCGGCUCAAGGAGGGGGGAGACCGCCCCUAUAUACCGGACAACAACUUCCACAGCCUCUACGUCAAACGGCACCAGAAUGUCAGCAUCCUCUAUGCCGACAUCGUGGGCUUCACCAGACUGGCCAGUGACUGCUCCCCCAAAGAGCUGGUGGUAGUGCUGAAUGAACUCUUUGGCAAGUUUGACCAGAUUGCGAAGGCCAAUGAGUGUAUGCGGAUCAAGAUCCUGGGGGACUGCUACUACUGUGUGUCGGGGCUGCCCGUGUCCCUGCCCACACACGCUCGCAACUGCGUGAAGAUGGGGCUGGACAUGUGCGAGGCCAUCAAGCAGGUGCGGGAGGCCACAGGCGUGGACAUCAGCAUGCGCGUGGGCAUCCACUCGGGCAACGUGCUCUGUGGCGUCAUCGGGCUGCGCAAGUGGCAAUACGACGUGUGGUCCCAUGAUGUGUCCCUGGCCAACAGGAUGGAGGCAGCUGGAGUUCCCGGGCGGGUACACAUCACGGAAGCCACCUUGAAUCACCUGGACCAUGCCUACGAGGUGGAGGACGGGCACGGGCAGCAGCGGGAUUCCUACCUGAAAGAGAUGGGUAUCCGCACCUACCUGGUCAUCGACCCUCGGAGCCAGCAGCAGCCGCCACCCAGCCAGCACCUGGCCAAGCCCAAGGGCGAUGCCACCCUGAAGAUGCGCGCGUCCGUGCGCAUGACGCGCUACCUCGAGUCCUGGGGCGCUGCGCGACCCUUUGCACACCUCAGCCAUCGGGAGAGCGUUAGCAGCACCGAGACGCUGGUACCCAGUGGAAGGAGGCCCAAGGCUAUUCCCCUGCGGCGCCACCGGACUCCUGACAGGAGUUCGUCUCCCAAGGGGCGGACCGAGGAUGAUGCCUCAGACGAGGAGAUGCUGACAGCCAUCGAGGGGCUCAGCUCCACACGGCCCUGCUGCUCCCGUUCCGACGACUUCUACCCCUGCGGGUCCAUCUUCCAGGAGAAGGACUUCGAGCGAGAGUACCGCCUGGUGCCCAUCCCCCGGGUUCGCCACUACUUCGCGUGUGCCAGUGCUGUCUUUGCCUGCAUCUUGCUGGUCCAUGUCCUACAGAUGCCCAGGAAGGCUGCUCUGGGGUUCUCUUUUGGACUGGUGGCCUGUGUGCUGGCACUGGUGUUGGGCCUGUGUUUUGCGGAUGAGCUCCUGAGGUGCUGGCCCACCUGGGGGGUGCUACGUGCUGUGUCCGAGAGCCUGGAGACGCAACCUCUGCUGCGAGUGUCCCUGGCCAUGCUGACCAUGGGCAGCCUGUUGACCAUUGCCAUUGUCAACCUGCAGCUGGUGUCACUCCCGAUGUGUGCAGCCAACAAGACGGGCUCAGGCCUAGACAUGGACAGCAGUGUCAUGGCAGAGAGCACCAUGCGUGAGGUCCCGUAUUACACCUGUAGCUGCAUCCUGGCCUUCAUCGCCUGCUCCGUCUUCCUGAGGAUGAGUCUGGAGCUCAAGGUUGUGCUGCUGACUGUGGCCUUGGUGGCCUACUUGGUGCUCUUCACCCCACUGUGCGGCGAGUGCAGUACAACUAACCACACUCUCCUCAGUGCCAGUUAUCCACUCUCUGUCUGCUGCCAUCUGAAGAAAAUGACUUAUUUCUACCUGCUGCUGUUCUAUGGGCUCCUCCUCAUGCUCUCCAGACAGAUUGACUAUUACUGUCGCCUGGAUUGUUUGUGGAAGAAGAAGUUCAAGAAGGAACAAGAAGAGUUUGAGACCAUGGAGAAUGUGAACCGCCUGCUUCUGGAGAAUGUCUUGCCAGCCCAUGUGGCUGCCCACUUCAUCGGUGACAAAUUAAAUGAGGACUGGUACCAUCAGUCCUACGACUGUGUGUGUGUCAUGUUUGCAUCGGUGCCAGACUUCAAGGUCUUCUACACGGAGUGUGAUGUCAAUAAGGAGGGACUGGAGUGCCUGCGUCUGCUCAACGAAAUCAUCGCCGACUUUGACGAGCUGUUGCUGAAGCCCAAGUUCAGCAGCGUGGAGAAGAUCAAGACCAUUGGGAGCACCUACAUGGCGGCUGCAGGGCUCAGCAUUCCCUCAGGACAUGAAAACCAGGAGCUGGAGCGGAAACACUCCCACAUUGGCAUCAUGGUGGACUUCAGCAUGGCCUUGAUGAGCAAGCUGGACGGCAUCAACCGACACUCCUUCAACAGCUUCCGCCUGCGUGUGGGUAUCAACCAUGGGCCUGUGAUCGCAGGAGUGAUUGGGGCACGGAAACCUCAGUAUGACAUCUGGGGAAACACGGUCAAUGUUGCCAGCCGCAUGGAGAGCACUGGAGAACUUGGGAAAAUCCAGGUCACUGAAGAGACGUGCGUCAUCCUUCAGAGACUGGGCUAUUCCUGUGAGUGUCGAGGGUUGAUCAAUGUGAAAGGCAAGGGCGAACUCAGGACUUACUUUGUCUGCACGGAUACAGCCAAGUUUCAAGGGUUGGGGCUAAACUGAGGAUCUGAUAGAACAUGCUGGAAGCUGAAUGCUUCUCUGAAGCAAGCUGAAGAGGCGGAGCCAGUUCCAAAGGCAUUCCAGGGAUUUGCCCCUCACCAUUGACUGAUGGCAUUG